AUGACAAGAACAAAAAAAGGCGAUGAUGCUCCAUACGUGAAUCUCUGUCUUUUUUUUUUCGCUACUUUUCCUUUUCUCUUUUUUUCUUUGGAUCUAUUCAUUCAUUCAUUCUUCUACUUCUUCUUUUUCUUCUUCUUUUUUUUUAAAAAGUCUUCUUCUUCGUUUUUCUGGAUCUCUUCUUUCCCUUCUUUCCCUUUUCUCAUUCAUUUCUUCUUCUUCUUCUUCUUCUUCCUUUUGGUUUUUAUUGUUGUUGUUGUUGUUUUUCCAGAGCUUCUUCUUCUUCUUCUUCUUUGUUGUUCGUCUCUUUUUCUUUUCCUUUUCUCCUGCUUUUUUGUUUUUUUUUUUUUUCAAAAUUCAUUUCUUUUCGUCUUCUUCUUCUUUAUUUUCUUCUUUGUUGUCGUCUCGUUUGACUAUUUUGUCCCUUUUUUUCCUUUUCUCCUGCUUUUUUCUUUUCUUUCAUUUUUUCAUUUCUUUUCUUCUUCUUCUUCUUCUUCUUCUUUGUUGUCGUCUCGUUAUCUUACUUAUUCCCUUCUUUUCAUUCUCCUGCUAUUUUUAUUUUUCUAUUUUUUUUUCAUUUCUUCUUCUUCUUCUUCUUCUUCUUCUUCUUCUUUGUUGUUGUUCUCGUUUAUUUCACUUAUGUCCCUUCUUUUCCUCCUUUUCUUUUUCUAUUUUUCUGGAUCUAUUCAAUUCAUUCAUUUCUUCUUCUUUUUCUUCUUCUUCUUCUUCUUCUUUGUUGUCGUCUCGUUGACUGUCUUUUUUUUUCUUCUUUUCCUUUUCUCCUUUUUUUUUCUAUGGAUCUAUUCAUUCAUUCAUUUCUUCUUCUUCUUUUUUCUUCUUCUUCUUCUUCUUUGUUGUCGUCUCGUUGACUUCUUCAUUUCUUCUUCUUCUUCCUUCUUUCCUUUUCUUUGUUGUCGUCUCGUUUCUUAUUCCCUUCUUUUCCUUUUCUCCUGCUAUUUUCUAUGGAUCUAUUCAUUCAUUCAUUUCUUCUUCUUCUUCUUCUUCUUCUUCUUCUUCUUUGUUGUCGUCUCGUUGACUGACUUAUGUCCCUUCUUUUCCUUUUCUCCUGCUAUUUUCUAUGGAUCUAUUCAUUCAUUCAUUUCUUCUUCUUCUUCUUCUUCUUCUUCUUCUUCAUUCUCUUAUAAUAGUCUAUCUUCUUCUUUCACUUCUUUUCCUUUUCUCCUCCUAUUUUCUUUGGAUCUAUUCAUUAUUCUUCUUUGUUGUUGUUGUUGUUGUUGUUGUUCUUCUUCUUCUUCUUCUUCUUCUUCUUCUUCUUCUUCUUCUUCUUCUUCUUUAUUGUCUUCUCAUCGACUGUCUUAUUUACCUCCCUUUCCUCUUCUCCUUUUUUCUUUAGAUGUGUUCAUUCGUCUUCAUCCCUUUUUGUUGUUCUUUUUUUUGUUUUUGUUGUUCUUCUUUACUGCCUUCUCCUUAUCUCUCCCUUCUUCUUCUUCUUCUUCUUCUUCUUCUUCUUCUUCUUCUUCUUCUUCUUCUUUCUACUAUCAAUACUACUAUUACUACUACCCUUUGUUUUCUUUUUGUUAUUUUCUUUGUUCAUGUCUCUUUCAUUUUUUUUUCGGAAUUCUCAAUCUCGCCCUCACUUUCUUCCCUCCGUUUCCCCAGAUUCAUUAUUUCUAUUAUCUUUUUGAUUCAAAUAUUUUUUUCCUUCUAAUAAUCUCUUUUUUUUUACUUCCUCUAUUCAUUUCUCUUUCUAUCUCUAUCUUUCUCCUUUGGUUUAAGGUUGUCAACGAUCGUAUCUAUCUUUCUACUGGUUUCUCUCCUAAUUUGAUUCGUGACACUCAUUUCAAUUCUUUCUGCUUACUUUUUUUUCUUUUUGUUUACAGCGACCUCGCUAGCUCGCCGUUAUUUUCCAAUGAAUCAGAUUUCACUCGCACUGUAUCAUUAGUUGGGGAUGCAAAUUCUAUCUAUCUAUCUAUCUAUCUAUCUAUCUAUCUAUUUAAGACCAGGCUAUGUAUCUAUCUAGCUUGCUAUCUGUUGCCUAACUCAUCAAACUUCUAUCUAUCUAUCUAUCUAUCUAUCUAUCUAUCUAUCUAUCUAUCUAUAUGUUGUAUCCUGCCUAUCUCAUCACACAUCUAUCUAUCUAUCUAUCUAUCUAUCUAUCUAUCUAUCUAUCUAUCUAUCUGUUUAAGCGUGUUCUUAUCUAUCUAUACAUGCUUCUAUCCAUCUCUCUUUUUCUCAGCACAUCUAUCUAUCUAUCUAUCUAUCUAUAUAUCUAUCUAUCCAUCUAUCUAUCUAUCUAUCUAUCUAUCUAUCUAUCUAUCUAUCUAUCUAUCAUUUUGUCUCAGCACGUUCAUAUCUAUCUAUCUCUGA